CGCGUGCACAACUCAAUUCGGCUUCUGGGAUAAGGCGUGCUUAUCCGUCGUUCACCAUGUGCCGGUCAUUAUUGCUUGGAAUAUUCCUAUUUCUGCAACAAUCCGUCAGCUCGCAAGAAACCAUUACAAUUGGGGACAAAGUUUGGACUGCCACAUCGCAGGAUCGGUUGCGUCUACAAUUAUUAAUCAACUAUGAUAAGAACUCGCAUCAAACCUACAAUAAUGUUCCAACUAACAUCACUUUGGGCAUGAAGGUGAACUACAUCGAUAUUCAUGAGAUAAAUGGAAAAAUGGUUUUGCACGCAUGGCUAAAGAUAAGACUUGAAGCUUCACAGAUGGCUCAGAACCCGAUGACAAUGCAACAUGAAGGAUGAGCUUAUCCGAUAGGUGGCGCAGGAGUCGAG